AUGGCUCUGGAUCUACCGCUCCAAGCCAGACAGUGGUUUGAAAAGACGACUGCUUGGCGGACUCGCCCGUUAUCUCAAAAUCUUGUUGUUGGGUCCGUCCUGUUUCUUUUACCAGGCAUCUAUCUAGCCCUGACUGGCCUCGGGGCCGGCGGUGGGAGACCAAGCUCUGAAACCCUAGCCGCCAAUGUUAAUGCGAUAUUGUAUGGCGUCUUCGCCUGCACGGGCUGGCUCGGUGGCAUCGUCAUGAAUCUCCUCGGCCCAAAGCUCACCAUAGCUUCGAGCGCAAUCGGAUACAUCGCUUACACCGCUGGGCUAUGUUAUUUCGACACAAGCGGUAGACCAGGACUGGCAUACGCGGGUGGUGUGCUCGAGGGGGUUUGUGCCGGACUGCUCUGGGCAUCGGCAGGUGCCAUUGCAUACUCGUAUGCGGAAGAAAAGCGGAAGGCCUCCUACGUGGCUAUUCAAUGGAUAUGCUGCGUUGGCGGGUCGACGAUCGCUGCGAUCAUCGCACUGGGCAUCAAUUUCGACAGCAGGGAGGAAAUUGCCGGAGCUCCAAUCAGUGUUUAUGGCGUGUUGAUCGGCUUGCAGGUAUUUUCCAUCGUCCUAAGUUUACUACUGCUUGUCCGGCCUUCCGACAUUCGCCGCAGUGACGGACUCGGAAUCGCCAACUUGUUCAAUUCCUCCGCCACGGAUGAACUACGCGGUACCAGAGAAAUAGUGAAAGAAUGGAGGUUUAUAUUGCUUCUGCCGGCUAUGUUUAGCGGCGAGAUCUCCCUGGCGCAACAGAGCUCUUUAAAUGCCCACUAUUUUGAUCUACGCACGCGAUCAUUGAACAGUAUCCUGUUUAACUUUAUUCAAAUACCAGCGACUCUUGGGAUUACUUGGAUCCUCGACGGCAGGUGUCUGGCAAGUCGCAAGCAUAGGUCGCUGGCUGCCAUCUUUAUCGUAGCAGUUUUCACGCUUGCAGUUUGCUGCGGCCAAACUGCUUGGCUAGUACAGCAUAGGAUCGAUCGGAAGGAUAGGGGAAGUUUGACGGACUGGAAUGACUCCGCAUUCGCAGGAGCAUUUGCUAUCUAUAUUCUCUAUGGCGCCGUAUACGGUGCCUUUCAAAUGACAACGCAAUACCUGAUCAGUUCAUUCACUAACGAACCGUUGAAGCAAGUCCCUCCCCAACAUGAUGUACCCCUGAGGUAUAUUAACCUGCCUCCAGGCUCGCUCGAUACUCGGGUUUAUUUAGAGGAGUGA